CCAUAGAGGUUCCGGUGCCGAGAUUGGAUGCCAGCGGUCUUUUUUAUGAUCGAAUUGCACGUUACAGGAUUGUUACUAUUAGAGUAUUAGAAGACGAAGAUGGAAAGCAGAAGCAGAUUAUUGAAACUACUCCUAAGAAAGAUUUGAUUUGCCCUGAUAAUUCUCGUUUUCAAAGAAGAAUAUAUGACCCUAAUACUGGUGAGCAAAUUGUUGUUGUUGGAAGUAAAAGAAUAAAGAGUGGUCAAGAAAGCCAAAGUCAACAAAAAAAUAAUCAAGAAAGUCAACAAACUGAUGAAAAUAAAGCAAGUGGGGGAAGUAGUAAAGAGGAAAGUAAAAUAGGCAGAUUAAAGUUAGAUUUCACUUUGAGUAGUGGAGUUAAGGGAAAACAGGAUUGUUUGGUUCAUAGUUCAGCCAAAGUUAAUAUCAAUGAGUUGGGAACUCUGAUUUAUCCCGUAGAAAUUUUUACUGACAAUGAAAGGACAGAACUUUCUGAGGUGUUAAAUGAUUCAUUGUUGAUUAAUUUUCUAUCCUCUGGAAAAAUUGGAAAAGAAAGUUUAAAUAGUUAUCAUAGUGUUUCGUUGUCAGAUAGUUCGGCAUCUAGUAGUAAUAAUACUCAACAAACUGAUAAAGGAAAAAACACUUUGAUAGUUUUUGGUGUAGUUUUCGUUUUGCUGGUUGCUGGUUUAGCAAUUGCAAAAAGUAGAUUUAAGCAAGCAAGUGAAAAAGAAAAACCAACUAUAAUUCAGUUGGAUGAAAAUCAGUAUAAACAUUUCUUAAUUGCUUUUGGUAAUAUUGUUCGGGAAUUAAACUCUAUUGCUUUUAAGGUUAAAGAGUUAGAGAAUGGAAUGAAAUUAAUCGAAGAUAACUAUGUAAGUUAUAAUAAUGGUAGUUAUAGUUAUAAGCACAUUUACUGUUCAAAUAGUUGUCCCUUUUAUAAUUGGCACGAAGGUCAAUUUAUAGAGAUAGAUAAUGAUGUGACUCGUUAUAGAAACAGUGGCUAUUACUUUGGUAGCACCUGCGAAGUAAGAGGUAGUUGCCAUCAUGGAUGUGGUCAUUCGCACACAGAAUACGAAGAUUUGAAAACAAAAUACAGUGCAUUAGAGAGAGAGCGUAAUGAUUUACGUACUGACCGGGAUAAUUGGAGAAAAAAACAUGAUGAAUUAAAGGAUAAAUUGAAUGAUGAAAAAAUUAAAAGUGCUAAUGAAAUGGCUAAUGAAAAAUUGAGUCGACAAAACACGGAGUCAACAUUAAGAAAUGAAAAAAAGUUAGUUGAAGAAAAAUUGGAAAAUUUUAAAACUGAGAAAGUAGGUUUUUUGAAGCAAAUCGAAGAUGGAAGACAAGAAUUAAGUUUAGUUCGGGUUAAAAAAGAUGAGCAGUUAAAAUUAAUAGAAGACAAAUUAAUCCAAAAAGAUGAUAAGUUAAAAGAAUUGGAAAAGGCAAUGGAGGCUUUGCGAGUGGAUAAAGAAAAGGUGAUUAGCCAAAAGGAUAAUUCUUUAAAAGAUACAGAUGGUGAAUUGAGAAGAAAGGAACAAGAAAUUAGAGUUUUGCAAAACGAAAAUUUUAGAGCACAAGAAAAAUUGUUAAUUGAAAAGUUAAACUCGGAAAAAGAUAAUUUAGAAGUUUUUGCUAGUGAGUUGAAAAUUAAUUUAGAAGAGGUUCAUAAUUUAACUAAAAAUUAUCAAAGAUUAUUAUUUGCUCGCAAAGAGCGUAAUCGAAAGAUUGUUGAAGAGAGCGAAGGAAAGAUUGCUAAAAGCAAACAAGUUUUAUUGAGUUCAGAAGUUAGUAUAGAAAGUAUUCGAAAAAUUAGUCGAGAAUGUGAAAGACUUGCUGGAUUGAAGCGAAAACAAGCAAAUGAGAUGAUGCAGGAGAUUAAUAAGGCUUAUGAUAUUCUAAGUGAUGUCGAAAAAAAGAGAAGGUAUGAUUCAGGUUUAACUGAUUUUCCCGCUGAUGAUUUUAAUUUUCAAUAUGACCCCAAAGAGGAAGUUAGAAGGCAAGAGGAGGAGUUGAGAAGAAGAGAAGUAAACAUUGCAGAUCUAGAAUUGGAGGUUCUUAAACUAGAGAUGAAAUCUCUGGAUCGCUCCUCGACUCUUAGCGAAAUUGGAGCGGCUUUUUGUUUUACUUUACCACGGGUUCACGCAGAAGAUUUAGACCCAGCCUUGUGA